AAUAAUAUAAUUAGAUCAACGCAGUGUAUACCCGUGUGCAGUUAUUUCAUGAGAAGUCUUAUUGUUUCUUGCAUUUAUGAAUUACAACGCCAUUUUGUGGGCUUUAGAAGCUUUAAAAUGUGUUAAUUUUGCCAAUUUUCGUGUUAAAUUAAUCAAAGUGAGGUGCUGUGGUGUUUUGAAAAUCGAAUGUUGAUUUUUUUACCAAGCGUCAAUCUUUCGUUUGUGAUUUGUGAAAAAAAUGUUCUGCGUCCAAGAAAAGGAACGAGCAGACACCUUUGCAUCAGACAAGGACCCGCUCAGCAUCACACAAACACCAACCGACUCAGAUGACUCGGACGAGCCUGCAGCCAAACGCAUAAAAUACUCCCCACUAAACCUUCAAGUUUACCAAAUACCUGCGUUCAACACACCGAAAUCCCUCUCCAUAUAUCCUACGAAUACGCUACCAAAUUUUGUGAACAAUCCUCUAAACUUAGCGAAUCCAUUAUCAUUUGCAACCAAACCGCAAAAUGGAGAAAGUCUGGUAAAGAAUCUACAUCAUCGGUAUUCCUUACCAGCUAAGUUGACUAUUACUCCGGUUGUGAACGGAGAAGUGGUACGGUAUAAGAAGAAUGGAGAAGUGGCGAAGAAGCGAGGGCCUCCGAAAGGUUAUAAGAGGAAACCGAAAGCUGAGAAGUUGGAGUUCUCGCAGAGUUUUAAUGGAGGUUUGCAGUCUUCUUUACAGACCCAGAACACGAUACUAUCAAGCCUGCUAGCUGCCAACAACACUAGCAUCACCGGAGUCAGCAUACAGCCUGUCCAGCCACCACCACCACAGCCGGAGAUCAAACUGCCUGAAGGCACGGAGCUGGUAGAGUUACUUCUCGACCCUGAAGACUGGUUUCCCACCGAGCCCUACAAGAUGGUGUUCAGCAGAAAAAAGAACCCCAAGUGGAAGAACUUCCCAUAUCAAUGCGAACAUUGCUUUAAAGGUUACCGCGUAGCAUCAACCCUUAUCACCCACGCAGCAGAACGCCACGGCUGCGUCCCCAAAGACUUCGCCAUCCCGUGUCCGUGCUGUCCCCACGUGUCCACCCGCCGCAAGCACCACAAGAAGCAUCUGGAGACGCACGAGAGCCGCCGCCAUAGGAUAUUCUGUCUCUACUGCUUACCCCCACACGACCCUUCAGAACCAUUCGUGAAAGAACCAGUAAAGUACCCUUACGAUAAAUUUCCCCAAUUUUGGUACGCCUCAGAAGAAUCAUUAAGACUUCAUAAAAAGCGAAAACACCCAUAUUCCGGGCUUUUUAACGUUUCAUGGUUCAGCACAUGGCGAGAUGCAACCCCAAAUAGCUAAUAAAAAGGUAAAAUAGUAUUAUUUUUAAAACGACGCUGGCAACCCCACAGUAUUUUUUUUAAUUUCUAAUUUAGUAGAUUUUUUUACGCUGGCAACUUUUUUUGGUAGUUUUUGUUUUUAACUAGGUUAGUGAUUUCUCUUGUGAUUUUGCUAGGUUUUAAUUUUACCUGAAUUUUGGAUAUUAAAAAAAUAAGUAUUUUUAAUGGUAGGUUUUAGGAUUUAGGAUGUGAUCGAUUGAAAUGUAAUUCCAAAUUUAGUGAUAUGGCAACCCAGUAAUGUUGGCAACAUUUUUUUUUUCUUGUAGGUCUUAGGAUUUUUUUGUAUUUUCUGACCCAUUUUUUAUAUCAA